AUGGAGCAGUACUUCUUGGCCACCCAGAAGAUGGAGCAGGAGGUGAUGUUCCCCAGCCUGCUCCGAGGGGUCUUCCCACAGCAGGAGGGGGUGGCCCCGGCCGCGGGUGGCCACACGGACCUCUACGAGCGCUACCAGCUCCUGAAGGCCAUCAAGCCCGUGGUGGAGAAAGGCCUGGCCUCCGUCAACGACCAGAGCCCAACCGGCGCCAACACCGACACGUCCUCGGAUGAUGCUGACACCAUGGACACGCAGCUGGAGGAGCGCCUGUCCCACCACCUGGCCGGCUUGCAGCAGGUCCUCACCCACCUCACCAGAGACACCAAUGCCCUCACCAGGAGGUACAGCCAGAUCCUGGAGCAGAUCAGCCCCAGCGAGGGACAGCCCAGCUGGUGA